CUGUUAAAAAAGUAAAAAUGGAAAAAGGAGAUAGUGCGAACAAUUGUUUUAAACAGCAGCGAUACAAUGACAACGCAGAGCCAACACACAGUUCAAAAGAACAGAAAAAUGUUGAGGACAGCUGUGAGCUUCUGUUUGAAGAAUUUGCUGCUAAGGUUAAGGUGGACAUUGGUGUUCCUAUUCUACAUAGAGACAGACAUAUUCCAUACUUGAUUAAAGGACUACGGAAUCUCUCAGAGUCAUAUGAGUGCUUAGAUGCUAGCAGGCCAUGGUUGUGUUAUUGGAUCCUACACAGUCUUGAGCUACUGGAUGUUCCCGUUCCAGAAGAUCUCAAGUCACAAGUUGCUCAAUUCCUUAACAAAUGCCAGUGUGAGAGCGGAGGGUUUGCAGGAGGCCCAGGUCAACAAGCCCAUCUGGCCCCUACCUAUGCUGCUGUAAAUGCUCUAUGUAUACUUGGCACUAAGGAGGCCUACCAGGUCAUUGACAGGGCAAAAUUAUACAGCUAUCUUAUGGCUAUGAGGAACUCAGUUGGAGCUUUCAAGAUGCAUGAAGGAGGUGAAGUUGAUAUAAGGGGUGCAUAUUGUGCAGUUAGUGCUGCCAAGCUGACCCAUAUAGCCACUGAAGAACUGUUUGAUAAAACACCCCAGUGGAUCGUCAGUUGCCAAACUUAUGAAGGGGGCUUUGCUGGAAGCCAAGGUAUUGAAGCACAUGGAGGUUAUUCAUUCUGUGGAAUUGCAGCCCUGGUUUUGUUGAACCAUCAAAGAUUAUGUGACACACAAAGCCUAUUAAGAUGGACAGUGAAUAGGCAGAUGAGCUAUGAAGGAGGCUUCCAGGGGCGGACCAAUAAAUUGGUAGAUGGCUGCUACUCAUUCUGGCAAGGAGGAGCUUUCCCAUUAUUACAUCUAGUACUUUCUGCGCAAGAUCCUGAUGCCCUGAGCACUGAGUAUUGGCUCUUCAAUCAAGAAGCCCUCCAGAAAUACAUUCUUGUAUGCUGCCAGCACCAUGGAGGUGGUCUCAUUGACAAGCCAGGGAAACCCAGGGACUACUACCACACUUGCUACUGUCUCAGUGGUCUGUCGGUGGCCCAACACUUCAUGUCUUGCAACAACUUAACUAGUAAAACUAUCAUAGGGGAUCCAGACAAUGAAUUGGUAGAAACACACCCAGCCUACAACAUUGGUCUUGAAGCUGCUCUGAAGGCUGGCCAGUAUUUCAAUGGACUACCUCAUCCUCUAGCUCCAGAACAUAGGCCCUUAGUGACUGAAAUAGACCCUUAGUAACUGAAAUAGACCCUUAGUAACUCAGCUAGCCACAUUAGUUAUUCAAUAAGACCCUUAGUUAAUGAUCUAGACUCAUUACAUUGUAGUUACUCAACUUGACUUGGUUCCUUGACUGGAGCCCGAAUUGUCAUAAAAUAAAAUU